ACUUACCUCGCUCGGCUUCUGAAACAGGAAAGCCGCACAUGGUGGAAAGAGCCGUGCGCUUUGUUUGGUGCGUUAGUGCACCCAUGCCAUCAGUUUUACCCAUAUUAAAAAGUUCAAGCAAUUAUCGUGGGAUACAAACAAAUCACCCAGCGAAUGACAUCUCACUGAGUCUCAUUCAAAGCGAGUGGUAGUCUCUGUGUUACGGUAGAGGCAGUGCGCUGUGCGCUGUGCGUUUUGGCGUGCGCACUUGACUUUACGGUAAGUGGCAGGAGAUCGUCGGAUUGUUUGCUACUCCAGGGUUUGCAGUGCGAUGUGAAUCCUCACUGUAUACUGUGUGCGGAACCGCUGCAGCACGGCCACACCGGGAGGGACACAAACUCCAGACAAGUCAGCCUCACUCUGUAAUCCUGACUGGCACCCUGCAGGACAUUUGGUGUAUAACAACAGCUCUGGCAGCACAAUAAUUGUCAUCAUCAUCAUCAACUGGGGUUAGGAGAAAGGCGUGAACCCCACCUCUCAGAGCAUCUUCAUUCAGUGUGUAUACCAUGGCAUGUAAACCCCACCCUCCCCUGAUGAAGAAGCACAGCCAGACGGACCUGAUCAGCCGUCUGAAGACCCGGAAGGUUUUGGGAGUUGGGGGCGAGGAUGAUGAUGGUGAAGUGCACCGCUCAAAGAUCAGUCAGAUGCUGGGAAAUGAGAUUAAGUUUGCAGUGCGUGAGCCUAUCGGACUGAGGGUGUGGAUCCUCAUAUCUGCAGUGGCUUUCACAGUUAUGGCCCUGAUGGCCCUGGUCUUUCCCAACCAGCUCUAUGAGGUUGUUUUUGAGGAGGAGCUCUCCACAACCAGUAUCUCCAUCCGCCUUUAUGGAGGAGCACUGCUUAGCCUGGCCCUCAUCAUGUGGAAUGGUCUCUACACAGCAGAGAAGGUCAUCAUCCAGUGGACUCUGCUCAGUGAAGCCUGCUACUUUGCUGUCCAGUUCCUAGUGACAUCCAUCACCUUGGUGGAGAUUGGCACCAUGUCGAACGCUGCCAUCCUAUUGCUCCUCAGUCGAGUGCUCUUCCUGGUGGUUACCUUGGCCUACUACUACCAUCUGGGACGCAGACCAAAGAAGAUCUGAGUUGUACGCAUGGAUUGCCUGGGAGGGGACAGCUGAGCACAGAUCACAAAUGUGGAGUCAGAAGGUUUGGGAUCUUGUUCUGUGGGGCCUUGGAGUCUUACUUUUCCCGUGGGUACACCCUCUCCCCUUCCAUGGGACCUUGCCUAUUCUAACCCCCAGUAUUCAACAGAUGGGCACAGCCUCACAAUCCAGACUCUACAAGAAUGAGAAAUUACCUCACAGUGAAAAUACCUUUUCAGUGGGCUGAGAGAUCAAGCCCCUCUUGAGACACAUUACUCCUAUGUGCAGUUCUGAGUGCUGUCAUUGUAAAGACCGGGAUAGCGGUUUGUAGUGCAGUGUCUUCUUGUAGCUCCUCGUCAUGUGAUUUAAUAUGUACAGAGUAAUUUGAAACACUAGACUGUGUUGUUCAUGUACAGCUAGCUACAGGAGUAUUUUUUGCAGAUUGAGUAUAUAUUGUGAUCUGUUUGGUUAGAAAAAGUUGCAUAUUAACACAGCUUCUUACACCCAAGGACCAAGAGUUUGUGCUAUAAAUUGUUUCCUCUUUGAUGCUGUUGAUGUGAAUUCAUAUGUAUGCUAAAGUGAAGCCUGAAUAUCUGUGCUCUCGCAUGCUUCUCCGCCAGUGAACACACUGAUUGGGGAAUCAUCAACCAUGCUUAGUGUAUCUGAAAUUUUAUCUGAAAUUUAGUGUGAGGAUGUUUCAUUUGCAAUCAGAUAACCUAAAAUAAGGAUGACUGGCACUACCUUCUCUUUGCUGCUGUCUCUCUCAGUCAGCUCAGUGAGGGAACUCCCAAAAGGUCAGUUUAUUUUUUUGUCCACCAUACCCAUCAAUCAAAUUCAGAUUUAGACCAUCCAAUACGUAGCACACGAUUGAACCCUUUUUUCAGGGACAGCUGUCUUUUAUAUUCUUUCGGUAUCAGUCAAGAGGUUCUACCAAAGUGAAAGAAUUAUUUUGUACAGAUUAUUUACACAAAAGAGAUGAUUAUAUGUAAUUUUGAUAGAUUAAUGUGUGCACCAGCCCAUACAAAGGGAGCAAUAUAAAUUGGUCUCUUUAUAUGAAGCCGUGUGCACACUGCUAGGCAAGACUUUUGCCUGCAUGAUCUUACUGAAACUUGUUAACAUCCUUGCCUAAGCUGUAAGCCAAUGUCACAAGCCGAGCAUGUGAGUGUAAACUUAAGCUGGUUCCUUUAUAUUGAUGUAGCACAGUUUUUUACAUACAACUUAGCCUUGCCUUAAAACUACUUAACACAACAGUCAUUAACACUGCAUCCUAUUUCUUGUAUAUUUGUAAAUAAAAGUAUUUACCACCAUUUGGUGUUCUUGUGAGCAGAACAGGGAACUUGUUCAUUAUUAGUUUAAUUAGUUUUCAAAGGUUAAUCUUUCGCUUGGAAAUCCUUUUCAUUAAUUGAAUGUGUCCGGAGUCUUCUUGUACAUAUUUAAGUGACAUUUGUGUUUUGAUGUCACAUUCUGCAUGCAAUAUAAUCCACUGUAAAAAAGAAGAAGAAAAAAAAAAGACAAAUUUUUGUAGCAAAGUACCCACAGCACUGUAAUUAGUGUGCAGUGUUAAUGAACAUCUAAUGACAGUGAAUGGAUGUUUCAGCCAAAAAUGGAAGCAGUUGUAGCUAAGUCUAAGGAAAAAGUUAUUUGUGCAUCACAGUUUUAAAGUGUAUGUGGUGAAAAACAGACUUUGCCCAGCACUUGACAGUGUUUAUUCACUAUUCGCGCCAAUCUGCUCCUCUCUGUUAUUAUGUUCUCUACCUCCCAAUUCCCGGACACGCCCUCAGGUAUGUGAUGCUCCAGCUUCAUAUUUUAGAUCCUUGCCAAAAAAAAUGCCAUCUUGUCUUUGGUCUCUUGAACUCCAAACCUUUAAUACCUAAGGCCAGUCAAAAGACAUUCUGCAGAUAGUUCCCCUCAUGUUGUGACUUUGCUUGCGACAUCAUAUUGAGCUGAACAGGGAACACAGGCCUCCUACAAAGGUGGUUCAUAUUCUAGCAAAAUGACCAUGUUCAGUCCUGCCCUUUAAGGGAGUAGUCCUGAGCACAGAGUGGUUGUGGCUUUGUGGCUGAGUUAGUGCAGCGCUCAAGGCAGAUGUGCUUGUUACUUGGGUAAGCGUGCAACGCAGAUAGAGAACGUGAAACAUGGGUGAGGUCUCCCAUGCUCCUUUUUAAAGUAGUAAUUAUCCUUUUCGCAGUGUUUAAUUAGACGCAGCUAUCCUGAAUGACAUUGUGCGCCCCAACCUACUGCUCUGCCCUCACUAGCAUGGUAAUUAUGGAGUUCAAGAAAAAUAUCAUUCCAUUUCCAUUGAUGCGCAAGGCCUCAAAUCAUCAGCCUCGUGGAAGUGUUCAAAGCACUGAGGAGCAGGUUAUUUUAGGAGAGAUCCACUAUGCGGGACCGGCAGGAGAGGGAAUGCAAAGAAAUGAUGACUCUAGCAUCAUUCUAGUUUUCUGCCAUACUUUGAUCAUCUGUUGUGCAUUUCUGGUUUAGCACUGACAAAAAGUAGUAAUUCUACGGGUCAACCGAGGCCACUGAAAGUAAAUUAGUAUGAGAUAACAUUAGUAAGUCUUGUCUCCUUGAAAAUAUACAGGAAUGGUUAAGUUAUGAAUUUCCUGUGAUGUAAAUCCAAACCAAUAUUGUACUGUUGUGGAUAACAUUCAAGGUCAGUUUGUUUCAAGCUGUAGCAUCAAAGUGUUUUUAUGUAUAUAUGUGCUACACUGUACCUCACCAUGGAGUUGUUAUGGAUUUCCAUCAAUUAGUUUGAAAUAAAGGAUACUGUUGUUUAUUUUGGAGACUCCAAAA